AUGAAGUUCUCCGCUAUUCUCGCUCUCGCCCCUCUUGUGGCAGCCAUCCCCGGCUCCAAGGAGCCCAAGAGCUCUGACGCUGCCUUCAGCGUCAUUUCUGCUCGCUCCGCUUCUCCCGUCCACUUGCUGCCUCUCAAUGCCGCCGGCACCUACUUCUGGCUCGGUGGUCACGCCCAAACUUAUUCUCCCAUCCCCGGAAUUCCCGACACCAAUCAGACUGUGAUUGCCAACAGCCACUUCUUGGAUGUCGAGGUCCCCGGUGGCCAGGCCAUCUACGUCGAUAACAAGGGUGCUCUGCGCUUUACCUCUCCCCACUCCGCCUACGAGCCUGCUGGCUCCUCCGAUGGUCCUUUCGUCUACACUCCCGGUUCGUCUUUCGGUCACUGGAGCUACAACGGCCAGGGUGCAUCCGGCUUCAUGGCUUGCCCUACUAGCAACAAUACCGCUACCUACCGCCGUUCUCGUCGGGGCGCUGCUGCCGCCCCCAAGUGGCAGGUCUUUGCUGCUUUGAAGAAUGCCACUGUCCCCACUGGCAAGACUAGUGACUGCCUCGGUUUCGAUGCUCUGGCUGUUGCUGUCAACACCACCACUCCCGUCGCUUGGGAAUACAUCUAA